GUACGGCUUAUGAAUAUCAAUGGAGCUAGCUUUCAUGGCGGAUGUGACGUCACAGUGUACUGAAGUCUGUUAGAAGUGAAUCGCUGUCGUCCACUCCAUUAUUGACCCUCACCAUUGCAUACAUAACAACAACAUACAUCAAUAAUACUAGGUAAGAUGGAAUCAAAAGAGACCGUUGCCCAGGUCCCCAGCCGAAAGCUCACACUUGAAGAUGAUAUGGAGUCCCAAUCAUCAGCUAAAGAAGAAGAAGAUGAUGACGAACAGUCAAAGGAAGUUGUCAUUGUUGACCCAACUGCUUUGGAUGUUGACUUAAGUCAUUGCAAGAUUGGUAAGAUCGAACAGAUGGAGAGACUCACCAAUGUUACGAGUUUGUGUCUACGACAGAAUUUGAUCAAGUGUAUUGAAGGUUUAUCGACUUUGGUCCAUUUAAAUCUGUUGGAUCUGUAUGACAACCAAAUAACAAAAAUAGAAAAUUUAACAGAGCUGACUAAUUUAACUCAACUAGAUUUCUCUUUUAACCGGAUCAAGAAAAUAGAAAAUAUGUCUCAUUUGACUAAUUUGACCAAGUUAUAUUUAGUGAAUAACAAAAUAACCAACAUCGAGAACCUUGAAACACUCAUUAACCUGGAUAUGCUGGAAUUAGGUUCCAAUAAGAUUCGGGUCAUUGAGAAUUUAAACACCCAUAUCAAUCUGACUGGCUUAUACCUGGGCAAGAAUAAAAUUACUCAGAUUUCUGGUUUAGAUAACCUUGUCAACGUGACAUGUCUCAGUCUACAGGACAACCGCUUGACUAAAAUCGAAGGUCUGGAUGCCUUGGUGAACUUAGAUGAACUCUACCUGAGUGACAACGGCAUUGAAAAGAUUGAAGGGUUGUCAAAUAAUAUCCAGUUAACAGUCCUUGAUCUUGCCUGUAACAAAAUACAGAGAAUAGAAAAUGUCAGCCAUUUAGUCAAUCUUGGUGAUUUUUGGUUUAACAACAACCAGCUUUCUAACUGGGACGACCUGAAGGAGUUGGCCUGCUUAGCAGAACUUCGGACCGUCUACCUCGAGCACAACACAAUUUGGUAUGAACCUAAAGAGAAGAACUGCCAAGAUCCAGCCUAUCGACGGAAAGUCAAAUUAAUGUUGCCACAAGUAACACAAAUUGAUGCCACAUAUUGUCGUUAGAGGGAGCCACUUAUUUCCCUCCCUUGAUUUAAACUUCCUGUUACUUACUAGUUUUUUUUUUUGUUCCUUUGUUUGGGUAUUUUUCUUCUUGUCUUCACUUUUAAUCUUUACAUAUGUACAAAGUUCCAACAUUUUUUUUUUUCUAUUGUGUAUGUGUCUGUGUCAGUUUAGUAACUCUUAUUACCUCUUCUGUGACCAUGGUGUCAUGCUGGUAAUGAGAUUUUUCGACACAGCAGCAUUCUUCAGUAGACUUGGUUGAAGAAGCUUCAGAUAAGGUGCUAGUUUGUAGCUUCCUGAACCAAAUCCAUUCUGUAUUGCUGAAGGCCACUGCAUCCCAAAUACAUGGAUUCCAAUGUAAAACCAUUCCACUUUAGCAACAGCUGCACAUGUCGACAUUCUCUACUAGACUCCAUGUGUGUGUGUUUAUAUGAAAAAUAGGUGUAUUCAAUCAAGCUAUUCUAUGUUUAGGUAUCUAUUUAUCUGUGUGUGUGUGUGUAUACACACACACACGUCUAUAAAUCUAUAUAUAUAUAUAGAGAGAGAGAGAGAGAGAGAGAGUCAGAGCAUAUAUUUGUGAGUGUGUAUGCAUGUGUGUAUAUAUAUAUAUAUGUGUGUGUGUAUACACAAACACACAUACACAUAUAUAAAUGAAUUUCAUUUGAUUUCAUUAAUUUGCAACAAUUGUUAACUCAAUGAGAUGAGACUUGCUCACUCCAUUUUCCUUGGUUAUUAUUAUUAUCAUAUAUUUCCUGUGGGUAACAAGUCCAAAAGGAUCUGUGUUCAACUGCUUAGAGUUGAGUAUUUAAUGAUAAAUCUGAGUGAUUAAAAUAUUUACUCCAUAAUCAUUAACCUGACAAAUGCUGGAGCUUUGUAACUUGAUUGGCACAUGCCCCUGCUGUCUUGGGGUCUCUUGUGACAAUUACCAUCCCACUGCUGUUAAUAUAUACAGGGAUGGCUGUAAGUUGCUUUAUCCAUUUCUAAUAAUAAUAAUAAUAAUAAUGAUAAUAAUAAUAAUAAAGGAAUGGGUAAAGUGACUUAUGGCCAUCCCUGUAUUUAGUAUAUAUGUUAUGUAUAAAAAUAUAAACAUAUAUGUGCUGUAUAUAUAUUUAAUAUAUAUAAUAUAUAUUUUAUGCAUUUAAUAUAUAUUUUAUAUAUCUAAGGUAGAUAUCUAUAUAUAUAUAUUAUAUUGUAUUUAUAUUGUUAUUUAUGGAUGGAUGCAUAUUUAUGUCAUUUCUAUUAGAAAUUUCUUAAAGCCUUCUUUCUCAGAAUUCAAGUUGGAAUGCUUUCAUUUUUGAGUCAAGGAAAUUUCGAAAAAAUUUAUGAAUGUAUGAGUCAGUUUGUGCAAACAAAUAUGUAUUUAUUUGCUUUAAUGUGACAUAUAAAUGUGUUUUAAGUGUAGGUUUGACUGUAUGAGUAACCCUUUUAUUACUGCAUUUCUGUUGAAGUACACUGUCUUCUUUUCAGUUUAAUAAUAAUGAUGUAUUUACUAAAAUAUCUUUGUCAUUAUUAUUAAGAUGAUGUUUAGAACAUAAAUUAGCUCCAAGUUUUGAUGGAAGAUUUUAAUUUAGAUAUAACUUUAACACUUAUGUUACCAAAUUUCUGUUGAAAUAUACUGCUGUUGUUUCAUUUAAGUUUGAAAAUAAUGAAUAAUUCAGUAAAAUAACUUUGUCUUUAUUAAGAUGGUGUUUAGAACAUUGAAUUAGCAUUGAAUUUCAUUGGAGGGUUUUCAUUUAGAUCAUUUGAACAUUUGUUACUAUAUUUCUGCUGGAAUACACUGCCUUCGUUUCAAUUAAUUUUGAAAUUAAGAAAAAACUUUGUCAUUAUUAAGCUGCUGCUUAGAAUAUAAUUUAGCAUUAAAUUUUGAUUGAAAUUUUCAGUUUAGAUCACUUUAACCGUUUUGUUACCAUAUUUCUGUUGACAUAUAUAUAUUUCCAUUAACCCUUUCGUUACCAUAUUUAUUCUGAGAUGCUCUGUGUUUUCUUUCAAUUCAUUUUAAAUAUAACAAAGAAUUUAGUAAAAUAACUUAGUUAUCAUUAAGCUAGUGUUAGGAACAUGAACUGUGACUAAAAUUUGGUGGAAGAUUUUAAUUCAAAGCUUAUGAAAGCAAGACAUUUGUACUACAGAGCCAGGGCCAGUUUCAGCCAGGUUGGUAUCGAAAGGGUUAAUUUUGAAAAUUAGGAAGAAUUUAGUAAAAAUAACUUUGUUGUUAUCAAGCCGGAAUUUAGAAUUUAAUUUUAACAUGAAAUUUUGAUGGAAGGUUUAACCCUUGAAGACAGAGCCAUUUGUGACUUAGAGACCUCCUCUUGAGCUGAGUGUUCCUGAGAAAGUCGGCAGCAUACAUAUUGGUCUCUCUGACAAACAUUUGAAUGGGUUCCAUGUGAAAAACAUCAUAAAGCAGUAUUUCUCAACCUUUUUACCCUUAUGUAAUCCUUAAAAUAAAUUACAUGUCUCAAGGAACCUCUGCACAAAAAAAAUUAUAUACCAUAUUUUUUCAUCAUAGUUCACGUGGUAAAUAUCAUAUAUAUAUAAUAUAUAUGCUGUCCAUAUAUUACAGAGGUUGUUAUAUUCUUUUCAUAACAUAAUAGGUUAGAGAGGAUGAUGUCUAUAUUACAAUAACCAAUAAUAUAUUGUGCAUGUACAGUAAUACUACGAUCAUGAAAUUACCAUUAGCUUAUCUCACUCUUUCUUGCGGAACCUGAGCGUUCCAGGGGAACCCCGGUUGAAAAACACUGUCAAAGUAUUUCACUGGGAUACUUAUGCCUUGUGGUAUAUUUCUAGGCCCUAUAUUUUCUAAGAAUUUAUAGGAGUCAUCUCUAUCUAGUUCAGUAUCCCUAAUCCUAAACCAAAUGUUCACAACAUUAUCUCCAUCACCAUCGUCAUUUUGAUCUUCUCCCUUACUUUCCUGGUUGUUUUCACCAGUUUCAGUGUCAGAAUCACUGCUAGGCUGGGAGAAAUUAGACUCGCUAAUGAUAUGUUCAUUAGUGUUACUCUUGGACCUGGUGAAAUUUCACGAUGCUCGCUUGGAACACAAAAAAGUCAAUGUAAAAUCACAGAAUACAGCAAACUAUCACGGAAGCUGCCAUUGAAAGGCAUCUUUGCUGUUGUAAUAAAUGUUCUACACAAAUAAUCAAUGGGAUUUGGUGGCUUUGAGUCAGUUUGUUUUUUUUUUUUUUUUUUUUUUUUUUUUGAGAAUCUGUGGUAUUUCUGUGUGAAUUUGCUGUUGCGUAAGCCUAUGCUCCUAUGAAUCAUAGGCACAAAAGAAUCUUUAGCCCGUAUACAAGAGGUGCUUGAAUGACUGAAUGGAACAAACCUUUGUUUUCCUAUUAUAUGUGUGAAUUCGUGUUUGCAUAAUUUGUGUUUGUGUGGUCAUGAUAAUGUAUAAUGCCACAUGUGUGUCAAGCUUACUCUGUGUGUGUUAUCACUUUUAUUCUGAGUUCAAAUCCCGCCGAGCUUAGCUGUGCCUUUCGGCCUUUUUGGGAUGAUAAAAUAAAGUAUCAGUUCAGUACUAGUGGAUCAAUGUAAUAACUUAACCCCCUUGCCCUUAAAUUGCUGGCCUUGUGCCAAAAUGAAAAAGAAAUUAUUAUUAUUAUUAUUAUUAUUAUUAUUGCGAGCUGGCAGAAUUGUUAGCACACCAGGUGAAAUGCUUAGUGGUAUUUCACCUGUUGCUACAUUCUCAGUUCAAAUUCCACCGAGGUCAGCUUUACCUUUCCUCCUUCCAGGGUUGAUGAAAUAAGUACCCCCUUCCCCAAAAUUUAGUAGAAAGGAUUAUUAUUAUUAUUAUUUAGUAGAAAUUUAGUAGAAAGGAUUAUUAUUAUUAUUGAAAAGCAACAAAAAGUAAAAAAUAAAAAUAAAAAUAA